CAUGUACGGUGCUGUGGCGGGCACAACUGACGGUGGAUUUGGUGGAUUUGAGAAUGGCUCGGACGAUGUGUGGCUUCUAGCCAAUGGCACCCUCAAUUACGAAACGGUCUACAUGUUCGGUUAUCAGGCUAUCCAUGAGCUGACCGUCAUCGGGAAAGAGCUUACCAAGAAGUUCUUCAAUACCUCCUCCAUCUACUCUUAUUACCAAGGUUGCUCUGAGGGUGGCCGUGAUGGCUUCAGUUAGAUCCAACGGUUUGCAGAGGACUUUGGCGGGGCUGUGACAGGUGCCCCUGGCUUCCGGUUCACUUUCCAACAAAUGCAGCACAUUUGGUCACCCGUUGUCGAGCAAACUUUGGACUACUAUCCCCCUCCUUGUGAGCUUGAGAAGAUUGUAAACGAAACAAUCAAGGCUUGUGAUGCCCUUGACGGCAAGAAGGAUGGUGUUGUUUCGCGAACGGACCUCUGCAAGCUUCACUUCGACGCUAACAGCACGAUCGGCGAACCGUACAGUUGUGGAGCUUCCUCUUUGACAACCUACAAGAGAAGAAAGCGAUCGGAGACAUAUGCGCUCCCCGCCCAGAACGGCACUGUUUCUGCCCAAGGUGUGGAAGUCGCAAAAGAAAUCAUGCGGGGAAUGCACGAUACGAAGGGGAAGCAAGUCUACUUCUCCUACCAGCCAAGUGCGGCUUUCUCCGACGCGGAGACCCACUACGACUACGAUACCGGCUCUUGGACCCUCGAUAUUACCGAAUCAAACAGUGAAUGGGUGGCGAAAUACAUUAAUCUCCUCAAUGCCACUGAGAUGCCUACGCUCAAGAACGUCACUUAUGACAACCUGAAGGAAUGGGUCCGCAUCGGCUGGCAGAAAUACGACGACACUCUUCAGGCAACUUACCCCGAUCUGUCCCCCUACUCCGAAGCGGGCGGUAAGGUGCUUCACUACCAUGGUGAAUCUGAUUACACUGUUCCCACUGCAUCGUUUGUGCAUUACUACGAGUCUGUCCGUCGUAUUAUGUACCCUAACAUGUCAUCGAACGCAAGCUACGCCGCUUUGGGUGAUUGGUAUCGCCUUUUCCUUGUUCCCGGUGCGGCACACUGUGGCCCGGAUGACUCCCAGCCCAAUAGACCUUGGCCACAGAAGACGUUGGAGACUAUGAUCCAAUGGGUUGAGGAUGGAGUCUUCCCUGAAAUGCUCAACGCAACGGUGCUGCAGGGUGAGCAUGAAGGCGAAGAGCAGAAGCUCUGCGCAUGGCCUCUUCGACCUCUGUGGAAAAACAAUGGCACCACCAUGGAGUGCGUGAAUGAUCCAGAGGGCAUGAAGACUUGGGUCUAUGAAUUGAUUGCUUUCAAGAUGCCGGUGUAUUAGAACGCUUAUGAGAAAACUGGGCCUGGCUGUUCUUUCUUCUCCUGCAUUCUGAUCCUUCUAUUUCUUUAUUCCCGCAUGUUGACCAGCUAUUCAAAACUUCAGCUUGACUGGGGCCUGUAUACAUAUUGAUUAUGUUUUAUUGGGGACUAGUAUGC